AUGUCUACAGCAGCGUACGACCCGGCUGCCGCCGAAGCGCUGCGCGACAUAGAAGAGGCCCACACAGCCGCUUGUAAGGCCGGCGUCGCGCAUUACGAAGACCCCGCCACGGGGUACAAGGUGUUCACCCAGGCUUCUCACGAAAAGCGGGGUUUCUGUUGCGGCAACGCCUGCAGGCACUGCCCGUUUGGACACUUGGAGGUAAACCCCGAGUGGCGGCCUGCUGGCAGCGUCCCCAAGACGGUGAUGCUCGCCCAGCACCGCAAGCGGAGAAAGUCGAAGCUGACCGUCGGAGAGGCCUGGAAGGCGUUCAGGGACGACGGGGGGGGGGAGCGGACGGUGCUGUUUUGGUCGGGCGGAAAGGACUCCUUCCUUACGCUGCGGGCCCUGCAGAAGAGGAAGAGGGAGGAGCGGGGGAGCGAACGAAUAACGCUGCUGACGACUUUCGAUGGCAAGACAGGAAAGAUUCCUUUUCAGGACACAAAGAUCACCGAUGUGCUGGAGCAAGCUCAGCAGGAGGGCGUGGACCUCCUGGCGGUCCCCCUCGGAGGAGGGACAGGACCCUUCCCGGAUGCCUAUUCCGUGACGCUCAAGGCAGCGCUAAAGCCUCUCCGCGUCAAGGCACUCGCGUUCGGAGACCUCCACCUUCAGGAGCUGAAGUCUUGGCGAGAAGAUGUCUUCUCCGGUGCCUAUCCUUGCGAGUUCCCGCUGUUCGAGGUACCGUACGAGGAACUCCUCUCCAGGCUGUGGGCGGAGGUUGCGGCUGGGGUUACCCUUAAGGUGUCCGCCGUGAGCACUGACCACAAGGGCUUGGAAGGGAUCAGCGUGGGCGACGUCUACUGCGAGGCAUUCGUGAAACGGCUGCCCGAUAUCGUGGACGCCAUGGGCGAGAACGGCGAGUUCCACACGCAUGUUUACCACAACCGGGGGGAAGGGGACGGCGCGACCUGGAAAACGGAGGAGGAAGAAGAAGAAGAAGAAGAAGAAGAAGAAGAGGAGGCUUCUAGCGAAUCGGAGUCUGAGGGCUAGGCCUUUGGGCCUGUGAUUGAUCUAGGAAGAAGAAUAGUGUUCUAGCGAAUCGGAGCCCUGAGGGCGAGGGAUAGGCCUACCGUACAUGACACAAGGUAACACACCCCCUGGACCGAUUUUCAAGCUCGACUACCGUAUAUGGCACAAGAUAACACACCCCCUGGACCGAUUUUCAAGCUCGACUGCCGUAUAUGACACAAGAUACCACACCCCUUGGACCGAUUUUCAAAGCUCGAUUACGCCACGACCAAGAAGACGCGUCAAUGAAGCAAUACAUUUUCGGAAAGCUCAUGAGGAGACAGCUUCAACGCCACCGUUUUCGGCGCCGUGACUCUUUCUGUUGUCGAGAAAUCGAGACUAGAACAUCGGUCCACGGUGUGUGUUAUCUUACGUCAUUUUACGGAAAGAUUGGCCGAGAAAAGUAUUUUUUGGCGAAUGUGAGUCUGGGGGGAAGGGUUAGGCCGUUAGGCCUAUAUGGCGGAUCUUAUACCGAGGAAGAAGCAAGAGCCGUCAAGCGAAUCGGAGUGUGGGGGCGGGGGUCAGGCCGUCAAGGCCUCUAUGGCGCAUCGUUGCCCCCCCCCCGUGAAAAGGGUAUGGUAUUGAUGUUGCUUGAGAUAUUGGCUACGCGGGUGGUACCGGUACACGUUUCGUCUUGUUGCUAGUACACGUUUCGUCUGGUCAUUGUCUCCUACAUGUUUCGUCUGGUCAUUGUCUCC